CAGGAAGUCAGUCGCAUGCAGCGCGUUCUGCUGUGUCCAUGUGAAACCAGCCGACGGCAGCCUACAGCAGCUCGAGGGGCCGCCAUGGAGAAGCAAACUCCCGCGAAAACGGCUUCGGCGCCUUCUGUGUCCCAGAUCAACGCAGAGUACGUCACACAGUUGGCUAAUAAAUAUUGGGCUCCACAUGCAAAGAAUAAACUCCCCUUUGACCCGAAGGUGAUGGAAGAUGUUUAUGAAAAAGAGAUUAUCAUGUCCAAAUUUGCCAUCAGAAAGAUCAUGCUGCUUGAGUUCAGCCAGUAUCUUGAGAACUAUCUGUGGGUGAACUACACCCCCAAGGUGUCCAGCAAUGCCUACCUCAUGUCCAUUUGUUGCAUCGUCAACGAGAAAUUCCGAGAGAAUGUCCCAGCUUGGGAGGUGUUCAAGAGGGAGCCCAGCCAUUUCCCAUUCUUCUUUAAAUAUAUGAUGGAAGCUGUACUGGCUGGGGAGGAGUCUGCCCUCACUCUGAAGGAACAAACCGUUCUGCUGGUCUUCCUGGAUCACUGUUUCAACAGCCUGGAAGUGGAUUUGAUCAGAGAGCAGGUGCAGCAGCUCAUCUCCCUCCCUAUGUGGAUGUGCCUCCUUCCAUCCAGACUCCAACACGAGCUUAAGAAAGUCCCAAAGCUGCAGAAGUUCUGGAAUCUAAUCAAGAAGAAAUGUGAAAAGAUGGAUACUGACGCAGCUGAGCAGGCAAAAGGAGAGAGGGCCUUCCUCUCGGCUCUCAUUAAAAAGUUUCUUGGAGUUCUCAUGUCAAUUCCGCCUUCAGGGCCCGUCUCCAUGGACAAAGUGCAUUACUGCGAGAGAUUCAUUGAACUCGUGAUCGAUCUGGAGGCCUUGCUGCCCACCAGGCGUUGGUUCAACACGGUGUUGGACGACUCUCACUUGGUGGUCAGCUGCCACCUGUCCAGCCUCUCCCAUCGAGAGAAGGAGGGACACCUCUUCUGCCAGCUGCUGGACAUGCUGAAGUUCUACACCGGCUUUGAGAUCAAUGACCAGACGGGAAACGCCCUGACGGGGAAAGAGAUGACCACGCUGCACUACGACAAAAUCCUCUCCCUGCAGAGGGCAGCGUUUGCUCAUUUUCCAGAGUUGCAGGACUUUGCUCUUUCCAACGUGGCAGCAGUCGACACUCGGGAAUCCUUGACCAAACACUUUGGGCAUCUCAGUCCCAAUACGCUCCACCGGGUGGCCUCGUAUCUGUGCUUGCUGCCGGAGCUUCCUGAAGGGCAAGACACCACCGAAGACAAGGAAGUUCUCCUUGAGCUGCUGGUGUCCCGUCAUGAGCGCAGAAUCUCUCAGAUUGAGCAACUCAACCAGAUGCCUCUUUAUCCAACAGAGAAGAUAAUCUGGGAUGAGAACAUUGUCCCGACAGAGUACUACUCUGGCGAAGGCUGUCUAGCACUACCUAAGCUGAAUCUCCAGUUCCUGACUCUUCACGACUACCUGUUGAGGAACUUCAACCUCUUUCGUCUCGAGUCCACCUAUGAGAUCCGACAGGACAUCGAGGAUGUGGUGUGCCGUAUGAAACCAUGGCAGUCUGAGUACGGCGGAGUGGUGUUCGGAGGCUGGGCCAGGAUGGCUCAGACCAUCACCUCCUUUUCUAUCGUGGAGGUUGCCAAGCCCAAUAUUGGGGAGAGCUGGCCUGCCCGCGUGCGAGCUGACGUCACCGUUAACCUCAAUGUACAAGAUCAUAUCAAGCACGAGUGGGAAGGGCUGAGGAAACACGACGUUUGCUUUCUGAUCACGGUGCGGGCCAACAUGCCCUUCGGCACACGCUUCGACCGGCGCCAGCCCUUCGUGGAGCAGACCGGCUUGGUGUACGUGAGAGGCUGCGAGGUGCAGGGUAUGCUGGACGACAAGGGGCGCGUCAUCGAAGAAGGACCUGACCCAAAGCCGAAGCUGAGAGGAGAUGCCAGAACAUUUCGUGUAUGGCUGGACCCGAAUCAGUACCAACAGGACAUGACCGGCAGCAUUCAGGGUGCGACUGAAGACCCGUAUGAGACCUUCAACAUCAUCAUGAGACGCAAACCCAAGGAGAACAAUUUCAAGGCCGUCUUGGAGACGAUCAGGAACUUGAUGAACACAGAGUGUGUCGUCCCAGACUGGCUGCACGACAUCAUCCUCGGCUACGGUGACCCAGGCAGUGCCCAUUACUCCAAAAUGCCGAAUCAGAUCUCCACCUUGGACUUCAAUGACACCUUUCUGUCCCUGGACCACUUGCGCUCGUGUUUCCCGGGUUACACCAUACAGGUCACAGAGGAGAACCCUGAGCUGCAAGUCUUCCCUUUCAGAAUCAAGUUUCCCAUCUCAAACAAAGCCAACAAAGGGAAGAAGCGAAAGGCGGAUGAAGAAGUGGAACCCAAAGAGGAAGACAUGUCCUUGAUCGUUGAGCCCUACGUCACCAUCAACCGGGGGCCGUAUCCCUACAACCAGCCCAAACGGAAUACAAUUCAGUUCACUCCAACUCAGAUUGAAGCCAUUCGAGCCGGCAUGCAGCCAGGACUCACCAUGGUUGUUGGACCGCCAGGUACCGGAAAGACGGACGUCGCUGUUCAGAUCAUCUCAAAUCUCUAUCACAACUUCCCUGAGCAGAGGACCCUCAUCGUCACACACUCCAACCAGGCUCUGAACCAGCUGUUUGAAAAGAUCAUGGCUCUAGAUAUUGACGAGCGUCACCUCCUGCGUCUGGGCCACGGAGAAGAGGCGCUGGAGACGGAGAAGGACUUCAGCAGGUACGGCCGCGUGAACUACGUCCUCGCCAGAAGGCUCGAGCUCCUCGGAGAAGUGGGGAGGUUACAGGAGAGCUUGGAUGUCCCGGGCGAUGUGUCUUACACCUGUGAGACUGCCGGACACUUUUACCUCUAUCAGGUCAUAUCUCGCUGGGAAGAGUACAUGAGCAAUGUCAGGCCUAAACAGAGCAAGGCGGUGGAGGUGCAAGCUGUGGCUGCACACUUUCCCUUCCACAAGUACUUCUCCAACGCGCCGCAGCCUGUGUUCAAGGGCCGGUCGUACGAAGAGGACAUGGACAUCGCAGAGGGCUGCUAUCGCCACAUCAAGAAGAUUUUUACCCAGCUGGAAGAGUUUCGGGCCUUUGAGCUGCUCAGAAGUGGAUUGGACCGCUCUAAAUAUCUGCUGGUGAAGGAAGCCAAAAUCAUUGCCAUGACCUGCACACAUGCUGCACUCAAACGCCACGACCUGGUGGAGCUGGGCUUUAAGUAUGACAACAUCUUGAUGGAAGAGGCUGCUCAGAUUCUGGAGAUCGAGACCUUCAUCCCCCUCCUGUUGCAGAACCCAGAGGAUGGCUACAGCCGGCUGAAACGUUGGAUCAUGAUUGGAGACCACCACCAGUUGCCCCCUGUUAUCAAGAACAUGGCCUUCCAGAAGUACUCCAACAUGGAGCAGUCCCUCUUUACCAGAUUUGUGCGCCUGGGCGUGCCCACUAUAGAUCUGGACGCUCAGGGCCGAGCUCGUGCAAGCUUAUGCAACCUGUACAACUGGCGCUACAAACAACUGGGCAACCUGCCUCAUGUGCAGCAACUGCCUGAGUUCCAGGUGCCCAACCCGGGUCUGACCUUUGACUUCCAGCUCAUUAACGUGGAGGACUUCAAUGGGGUGGGAGAAUCCGAGCCCAACCCGUACUUCUACCAGAACCUGGCGGAGGCGGAGUAUUCUGUGGCUCUGUUCAUGUACAUGCGUCUGCUGGGCUACCCCGCUGACCGCAUCAGUAUCCUCACCACCUACAACGGACAGAAGCACCUGAUCAGAGACGUCAUCAACCAGCGUUGUGCUGGCAACUCCUUCUUUAGUCAGCCGAACAAGGUAACAACAGUGGAUCGGUUCCAGGGUCAGCAGAACGACUACAUCAUCCUCUCACUGGUCCGAACCAAAGCCGUGGGACACCUGAGGGAUGUGAGGCGUCUGGUGGUCGCCAUGUCACGAGCCAGGCUGGGUCUGUACGUCUUUGGCCGGGUGUCGUUGUUCCAGAACUGCUUUGAGCUGACUCCUGUCUUCAGCCAGCUGACUGCCCGACCCAUGCAGCUGCACAUCCGGCCACACGAGUACUACAGCCAGGAGCAGCCCAGAGAUGCUUCUGGACAGCCGGACCAAAUUAUCAAGAACAUGCCGGAGAUGACCAACAUGGUGUAUAAUAUGUACAUGCACAUGAUCCAGACGUCCCAGAAGUACAGACAGCAGCAACAGCAGAAGCUCGCCCUGCCGCCGCCGCAACAAACCACGGCCGAUGCUGUGGUGGAGGAAGAGCCAGUUGGCUCUGGGGACCUGCAAGAACCAACCCCCAAGGAGCAGGAACCAACCCCCAAGGAGCAGGAACCAACCCUCAAGGAGCAGGAACCAACCCUCAAGGAGCAGGAACCAACCCCCAUGGAGCAGGAACCAACCCCCAAGGAGCAGGAACCAACCCCCAAGGAGCAGGAACCAACCCCCAUGGAGCAGGAACCAACCCCCAAGGAGCAGGAACCAACCCCCAAGACGGAGGAACCAACCCCCAAGACGCAGGAACCAACCCCCAAGGAGCAGGAACCAACCCCCAAGAUGGAGGAACCAACCGCCAAGGAGCAGGAACCAACCGCCAAGGAGCAGGAACCAACCCCCAAGGAGCAGGAACCAACCCCCAAGAUGGAGGAACCAACCCCCAAGAUGGAGGAACCAACCCCCAAGGAGCAGGAACCAACCGCCAAGGAGCAGGAACCAACCCCCAUGGAGCAGGAACCAACCCCCAAGACACAGGAACCAACACCCAAGGAGCAGGAACCAACCCCCAUGGAGCAGGAACCAACCCCCAUGGAGCAGGAACCAAGCCCCAAGACGCAGGAACCAAGCCCCAAGACGCAGGAACCAAGCCCCAAGGAGCAGGAACCAACCCCCAAGGAGCAGGAGCCAACCGCCAAGGAGCAGGAACCAACCCCCAAGACGGAGGAACCAACCCCCAAGGAGCAGGAACCAACCCCCAAGAUGGAGGAACCAACCGCCAAGGAGCAGGAACCAACCCCCAAGGAGCAGGAACCAACCCCCAAGAUGGAGGAACCAACCCCCAAGAUGGAGGAACCAACCCCCAAGGAGCAGGAACCAACCCCCAAGGAGCAGGAACCAACCCCCAAGAUGGAGGAACCAACCCCCAAGGAGCAGGAACCAACCCCCAAGACGGAGGAACCAACCCCCAAGACGGAGGAACCAACCCCCAAGACGGAGGAACCAACCCCCAAGGAGCAGGAACCAACCCCCAAGACGGAGGAACCAACCCCCAAGGAGCAGGAACCAACCCCCAAGACGGAGGAACCAACCGCCAAGACGCAGGAACCAACCCCCAAGGAGCAGGACCCCCCAGAAGGAGAGUCAAACUCUGAGGACACCAGUGAGAAGGAAGAAAGGCCAGACGCACUGGGCCACGCGAAGAUGCCAGAGCAUCCUGGCAGAGACAGAGACGACGAGGUGGUGGAGAGUGGAGCGGAGCAAAAGCCGUAGAGCGGUCACAUGCGGGACUUUAAUUUAUGGCCUCGGUUAUUUAGGGAACCGAGUGGAGUCCCCUAAGGAAAGCUCAGUGGGGAGUCAAUGAUUGUGAAUUAGUUUUUCUACGGAAAGGAAAUGCUGAUGAUAAUGUUCCAUUAAUUUUUGUAAAACACAUUUUGUAACCGUUACUUUUUUAUUAAAAAUAAAUCCAACUCCAUUAUUGUGUGAAACGUGUUUUUCUAUACGUCGACCCAUCAGAGUUUAUACGACUCCUAAAGAUGUCGUAAUCGUACGCACAAUCUGACAGACAAACACGAUGUAUCGUCAACAUGCUUACGCCUUGUUUAAAUCAUGACACUUCAUCCAUUCAUCUGCUUCCUUUCUCAGCUUUAAGCACAACUCAAAUCUGAUUGGCUCCGCCUAUACCAGCCACACAGGCUGCGACUAAGCUGCAUUAGUAGGUCAGGCACUUCACCCAAGGGCCGUGUUGCCAUGUCCGCGGUUUUCCCGCGGACAUGGGCUACUUUUGAAGUGUUGCCGCGGGUUGAAUUUUUUUGUCCGCUGAUUCGGGUAGACCUAUUUUGCAUGCAAAUUACAUGAACAUCUUUAAAUAAAAAUCCAUAUUUUUAACAGAAGACAGCUCUAUACCUUCGACUGGCGGAGUGAGCGCCAUGAUGACUUCUGAAACAGUCGAACCCCCCCCGUGGGUCACUUUCCUAUCUCGGGGGCAUCAUGAAGAAGUUAUGCUUAGGGCACCAACAUGGUUACCAGCGGUACUGGACAUGGACUUUAAAAGCAGUGUAUAUGGUUUGGCACGGGCAUAUUUUGAGUUCUGAUAUUGGGCUGGUUUUUGUGCUGGUUUUAUUGGCCAUUGGGCUGGUUUUGUCACACAGACCUGGCAACCCUGCCCAAGGGCCGGUGUGCAUGCUGGGGGAUUUCAACUCGCGCUCUGGGUGUACAGUCACUCAACUAGCAAGCCUUGAAUUAUGUGGCAUUCCUAACUGUGGAGUAUUUAUACAGAAUAACUUCAGGUCCAGGUUCUGACGACCACAUGGGAGGCUGAAGACUCGUGUUGGCAUUAAAGCAACAAUUAAAAAGCAAAGUUCCAACCCAAGUUGUCGUAGUUCAAACAUAAAUUCAGUUAAAGUUGAAGAGGUUAACACAGUCCACAGCCCUGAAGGCAAAAACACAGACUGGAAAUUCAUUCAUUAUCAUGCACCAAAGGUGGGCCGAGUCCGUCUACACACUGCGGAUGGUUUUGGCAUGAAGCCCACAAGACGGACCAAUUUACUGUAUCACGUGAUGCUGGAAUGUUGUAUUGAUCGGCUACUGAUUGAAUAAACUGUGUUCCAUCACAUGUCACUCAUUCCUUCUCUGCAAAACCCGUGACAGCAAAACUUUUGCCGGAGUCACAUGAGUGUCGGCGUUGUGCAACGUCCUCCCUCUGCGGAGCCUUUCAGCCACGAACUGUCUGUCUGCUCCCAGCCGGCUUCGUGAGGGAGCCUGUGGCCCCGUGUUGGAGAAUAGAGCCAACUGGAGGGACCUCUGCUCACAACCAGGAGAAGGAUCCGGGAGACGUGAGAUCAGGAGAUCAGGAGAUCACAUCCUCCAGAAUCUGUCUCUGCUGAAGGCGGAUGUGUAACAGACAACAGGCUGGAAACUAGAUCAUUAUUUGGUCAUGAGUUCAGACGGCGAGGAUGGCCGGUUGCGGGUCUUGUUUCUGGGGCCUUCUCUGGCUGGUGGUCCUGAUCUGCGUGACCUGGCCUCUGAGCAUCACCUUAGGAGGUCUCUACGGCCUCAUCAGCCCCCUCACCACCUGCCUCGGCCUGGACCGGUUUUCCGACUUGCUCCUGGAGGGGGCCAACCUGGGCCGACUUUGUGCCAAUAACAUGAGGCGCGGCACGCCUUUGUGCUGAGGUCCACCGCGGGCGAUCCGCACCAGACGGCAGGACCAGAGACUGGAGGCGAGAUGUGAGAAGAGCAUUUGCCUUGAGAACCGUCCACGUCCGUUUCAUGCCGAGAUGACGUGAGAUGAUUGGGACUUGAGCAGCUUAUGCAACAAACGGCUCCGCAUGGUUUGAGUCCUCUUGUUCUGUUAACAUGUAAUUAACCACGCAUUUCAAACUGCUAUGGGGUCGUCAGGAAGAAAAUCGGCUUUGUGUUCAUGGUCUGAGUUUGAUGCCACUGCUCGGAGAAGAUAAGAAUGGAAUAGGCAAUUUAACAAUGGAAAUACUUAGACUUGUAAAUGACUGGAUGUAAACUUUUAAUGCGAUUAAAACUGCUUCGGACUUGC